AUAUAUGCCCAAAAAACAAAAAGAAGAUUGAACUUAGAAGAGAAUGGCCAUGGUCCCUCUCUCUCUCUUCUUGCUACUCCCGCUGCUUCUCUCUGAUCGAGUUCUAGCCGACCAAUGCAGCAAGAGAUCGCCGGUCAUUUUCAACUUCGGCGAUUCCAAUUCGGACACCGGAGGACUCGCUGCCGGACUCGGCUUCAUCAUCAACCUCCCCAACGGCCGCUCCUUCUUCCGCCGAUCCACUGGCCGUCUCUGCGACGGUCGCCUUGUCAUCGACUUCCUCUGCCUAAGCUUGAACACAAGUUUAUUGGGCCCAUAUAUGGACUCCCUGGAGCCCAAGUUCACGCAUGGUGCAAACUUUGCAGUGGUGGGAGCCUCUACUCUCCCCAAAUAUGUCCCUUUUGCUUUGGAUGUUCAGAUUAUGCAGUUUCUCCAUUUUAGGGCAAGGUCUCUUGAGCUUACUGCUGCAGGUUCGACAAAUUUGAUCAACGAUGAAGGUUUUCGCAAUGCACUGUAUAUGAUUGAUAUUGGACAAAAUGACCUUGCCGAUUCAUUCUCCAAAAACUUUUCAUAUGCUCAAGUUGUCAAAAAAAUUCCCGUCAUAGUUACAGAAAUAAAAACUGCAGUUAAGGUCAUAUAUGAUGCGGGUGGCAGGAAAUUUUGGAUUCACAGUACAGGGCCAUUGGGUUGUCUACCUCAAAAACUUUCACUAGUUGUUGAAAAGAAUCCUAGAGAUCUUGAUUCCCAUGGAUGUAUUUCAAGUUAUAAUGCCGCUGCAAGAUUGUUCAAUGAAGCACUGAGCCAUUUAUGCCAAGAGAUGAGAUUGGAACUUAGGGAUGCAACUAUUGUCUAUGUAGAUAUAUAUGCCAUCAAAUACGAUCUUAUCGCCAACUCAAUCAAAUAUGGUUUCUCCCGUCCAUUAAUGGCAUGUUGCGGCUUUGGAGGACCGCCAUACAAUUACAAUAUCAAGGUGACCUGUGGUCACCCCGGAUACGAGGUUUGCGACGAAGGGUCUAAAUUUAUAAGUUGGGAUGGAAUCCAUUACACUGAAGCUGCUAACACCAUCAUAGCUUCAAAAAUACUUUCCAUGGCUUAUUCUACACCACGGAUCCCCUUCAAUUUCUUCUGCAACUGAUCAUUAUUCACAAAGAUUAUAUAUUGCAUGCAAUAAGCUGUAAACCAAUAUUGGUUUCACUCAUCUUGUAAUUGAUUAUUUUAGUAUAGGCAUAUGUUGUGGUAAAUGAGCCCUGCUAAUCUCAUGUUCAAUGCAGUUAGGAUGUGUUAGAAUUGGUGUAUUCCCAAAAGGGAGGGUGAAUUGAAAUUUUAAACUUUUUCUCCUAGGUAAA